CAACUGGAGAGAGGAAAAACAGCUCAGCGAAUGCCAAAAAAUUUCAAGAAAGAAAUCUGAUUCUUUCUCCGCGCUCGUAAUCCAUCUUCUUCUUCUUCUUCUUCCCGAUUGGUGAUUGCGAUUAGAAAGAAAGCAGAAAAGAGAUAGUUAAAACUCCUUCACCACCCCUUACAUGAUCUCUCCUCCUCGCCAUUUCUCUCUCUGUCCAGCGACUUUCCAAUGGCGACAACUCAUAAACCUCCGAAGCUGAAGAACAGACCCAGAUCCUCAAUCCCGAAUCUGCUGAUCUGGGUAGCUGCCAUUGGCUUUCUUUUCCUCCUCUCUUCCCUGAUUUCCACCAAUGGGUUCUCCGCCCGCUCCAUGAAGCUCAUCAAGGGGCUUCUGAGGCCCAGUCGACCCAAGCGGAUGCAUACUCUGCAUGACAAGUACUUGUACUGGGGGAAUAGAAUUGACUGUCCUGGAAAGCAUUGCGAAUCUUGCGAAGGGCUGGGUCACCAGGAGUCCAGCCUCAGGUGUGCUCUCGAGGAAGCCUUGUUUCUCAAUAGAACUUUUGUCAUGCCGUCUAGAAUGUGCAUCAAUCCCAUACACAAUAACAAGGGAAUCCUUCAUCAUUCCGACAAUUCGAGUUCUGAAGAAAGGUGGACGUCUAACUCUUGCAGUAUGGAGUCUUUGUACGAUAUAGACCUCAUGUCUGAAACUGUACCUGUUAUCUUAGACAAUUCCAUAGAGUGGUUUCAUGUUGUCUCAACUGCGAUGAAGUUGGAAUCAAGAGGAAUUGCCCAUGUAGAAGAAGUUAGUCGGUUGGAACUCAAAGAGGACAGCCGCUAUACCAAUCUAUUGGUCAUAAAUCGAACUGCAAGUCCCCUUUCCUGGUUCAUGGAAUGCAAGGACAGAAACAACCGAAGUGCAAUACUGCUUCCAUACUCAUUUCUUCCUUCAAUGGCAGCAGAGAGAUUGCGAGAUGUUGCAGACGAGAUCAUAGCCCAACUUGGUGAUUAUGAUGCUAUUCAUGUUCGGCGUGGGGAUAAAAUUAAAACAAGGAAGGAUAGGUAUGGAGUUCCUCGAACACUGCAUCCUCAUCUGGACAGGGAUACACGCCCUGAAUUUAUUCUUCGGAGAAUUGAGAAGUGGGUCCCACCUGGAAGAACUCUUUUCAUUGCUUCAAAUGAGAGGACCCCGAAUUUCUUUUCACCUCUUGCUCUUAAAUACAAACUAGCAUACUCAUCUAACUACAGCGAGAUCCUGGACCCUCUGAUUGAGAACAACUACGAACUUUUCAUGAUAGAACGUUUGAUAAUGAUGGGUGCAAAAACAUUCAUCAGAACAUACAAAGAAGCUGAUACGGAUCUCAGCCUCACCGACGACCCAAAGAAGAACACCAAGAUAUGGAAACUGCCUGUGUAUACUGCUGACGAAGAAAACCAAGAGCAAUAAUGCUGCUCAUGCAUCUCCAUAGGUUUUGUUGUCUUAUUCUGUCUCAGAUCUAUAGUGUUGCCAGCUCCAUGACUGAUUGACCAUCUUUGGCAGCACGAAAGGGGCAGGGACAAGUUGAGUGUUGCUGCUUGGUAAAAUGAUGGAUGCUGAUCCUUUACAGAGAAUAUAUGUGUAUCUAUGUUUGGGUUGGGGGGAAGAUUUUUUUUUCUUCUUGUUGUAAAUUCUGUUCCGAGAGGUCUGUUGAGGAAGUUUUUAGGCAAGAUUUGAGAAUGAGAUGUACGAGGAGAGCGGGUUCGGUUCUGAAGCUGAAGGCAGAUAAGACAGAGAAGAAUGUUCAGUUUCCUUUCUUGUUACUGCAGAGAACCUUGCCUUCACUUGCUGUUUUGCGUAAUUUGGAUUUAUGCAUGUGCAGAGCGAGCGGAACUGUUUGGUCAUUUACCGCAUAGGCCUUAACGGCUUGAUGUUCGACUUGAUAAAAACUCGACUUGAU